AUUUCAUAUCUGGUUUGAACCAUGGUCAGUUUGGGAACGGAUUCGCGUCAAACUGGGGGCUAUUUUUUCCAUGACCAUGGUAGUGUUCAGGAUAGCGAGAGGGAAGACCUUCUAUCUGAAUCUCCCUCCCUCUCUGCCAGCAUCGAUCCACCGUACAGAAAAAUCUACACAACAUGGGCCACAGGACUGGAGAUUUUAAUCAUUAUUAUAGUAGAAGUAUGUGUGUUUGUGAUUCCAUUACGAGGGGUAUGUACGGUGGAUAUGUGUACUGACCUUUCUGUACUCUGCUGUAUACAUGGAGGAUUGUGGUUUGUGAUUCUCCUCUUUGAUUUCUUCUAUCGAGUUCAACACAACAAAAAUAGGAAGCUGGGUUACCUGGAGUUUUACAGAAAAACCCGCCACAUUCGACGAGCGCCAUUACUGGUCAACUCAGCUGCUAAUGCCAUCUUGGUGAUUGUGCUGUGUCUGUUUGGUAAUCUAGAGAAAAACAAUAAGGAUGAAAGACUGGGCCUUCAGAUUGGAAUAUCAGUAGAAAUGGCUGUCAUCUUAGCUAUUCUAGUGUGGUAUAUGGGGAUGUCUGUUAACUUUAACAAAAGCCAAGUAGGACCAGAUGUAGCUCGAGAAGACAUGAUGAACAGCUUCUUACAAAGCAGUGUCACCUCCGAAAUAGGAUUCAAAGAUGACAGUUACUCUGACCAGGUUCUGGAGAGGCAGGCAGACAUGAUUCGUUAUCUCAAGCAACACAACUCACAGCUGGCAAAACGCCUCCUGGCACUGACUGAGGAAAACAACAUGCUGAAAGCCAAUAGCUGACGUCAACACAAACAGCUAUGGUGUGAACCAAUCAAAACAGAGCUCUUAUGUGGGAACAGUGCAAUGUGAUUUAUUUUAUGCUUGAGUCAGUGCCAGCCAACUGGUAUAUCCAAUCCAGUAUUAUCAACUGUAGACAUCAGUGUUGUGUGGUUAAACUUAGCAGUCAGUGUUCACACAAGCCAAACUUAUGGCUUCACAAGCAUUGCCAUUACAACUGAAUUGUGUUAAUUCAUAAUUCUAUGACAAUAUCAUUCCCUUCUCAUAUUACUGCUGUACAUGUGUCCUAGUUUUUUUUUAAUUGACUUUUUCUGACUACUUAUACACUUACUUAAAUAUGCUUUAUUAAAUUAUACACAUGA